AUGGCACCAACCACUAAGCCCAAAGUCCGCAAACGCAAGCCACGUGUGAGAAAGAGGAACCGUGGUAUUCGCACUCGCGAAGGUCAUGCACGUCCAGCAGAUGCAGGCUCACCAGUUCAACCGCUUGCCGAAGUGCUCAAUGAGACGACGAAGCGUAAACCCAAGAAAACAUGGGCAGCCCUUAUUCCUGUCUCUGAUGAUCCACUCGAAAAGAACAUUGUUGAGAAAGUACCCAUGCCAGAUGGCUACGCUCUAGUCCCCAAGGGUGAUGUUUAUAUCACACGACACUGCCGCAGUAAGACCAAGGAAUCCGAGCGGAUUGUCUAUGUCGUCUACAACCGCACGGGUAAAAGAACGCUGGGAAUCCGAGUUCCUGAAGAAAUUUAUACAGAGGUUCUUGAAUCAGCCGCAGCAACACAAGAAUCGCGCGCCAAUGCCGUGCAAGUGCGUGACGCCAAGGAUUUCUCCAAAUCCCGAGAACUCCUGAAGAGCGAAUUCCCGCGUAUGCCCAAGGAAACCCUCAAAAUAGUCCUGGAACAUGCCUUCCUCAAGGGAUCGGGGCGUGUAGGGCGAACAGCGAUGAUUAGUGACGAUCGAAAGACGAUCUUGGCUGUUGAGGCGCAUAUCCGACAUGUCCAUACGCCUUAUGAGAUGUUGCUCGAGGAGGGCGUUAGUCGGAAGGAUGCUCGAGAGCAAGUCUGGCCUACUAUUCAGGCCGUUGAACGGGCCUGGCAGGGAUGUGAAAAGAGCGAGACUACAUUAGCGUUGCGUCCAGUGGAUAAGUGA